UGUUGCCUCCACAUCACCAUUAACAAACCCUGCUUCCUGAAGGAGGUCGCUUCCUCCCAGCAGUAUUAAGCGCAAUUAUCAGCAGAUCAUGUAGAGAAGGGAGAAAUCCCAGCCUGGAUUUGAUCAGCCAUCUUCCUGGAAGGCAGAAGGUUCCGUACGACUCCUCCUCUUCAGCCGCAGCAGGUUGUUAAGGGUCGUGUUCAGGCAAGCCCUGAAAUUCUCUGAAGGUGGGUUUAGGUGGAUCCAAGAUGCCGGCAAUAAAAUUGCUGAAAUGAACCUCUUCUGUCAAACUUGUGACAAAAUGUGUGCACAGAGAUGUGUAGGUAGGGUCACAGCUGGAUUACAGCAGACUGAGACUUCCCAGUCUGUGGAGUUUUCAGCAUAAAUAUAGUCAGCCUCCCUUGGCACGUUUGAUACGCCCCACCGUCUUAUCUGCUCUGUGCAUUGGCUCAGAGCAUGACAUGACAUGUCCUGCCGCUCGUGUCAGCUGUCAGUAAAUCAUUUUGGUUUCAGUCUUUGCUUUUGGAAACAUUUCAAAGGCAUGUGCUGCCGAAUGCUGUGGGAGAGCCUGCUGCCACCCAGCUCCCCUCUGGCUCGAGGGCCUCUCCUCUUUCCUCAGGCAUCUCACUGAGGGGGACAGAGCAUCCUUUCUCAGAAAAGUCCUCAGAUGUCUGGAGAGAGCAGAAAAACACAGCUGUUGCAGUGUUUUGGCUUUGCAAAGGCAUCUGAGCUGGUGAGGGAUGCGCUCUUUGAGUAAAAUGAGAACCUCAGCUACGGAAAGCUUUCGACCUGGGUUUUUCUUUCUGCAGAGUGAAAUCAUCAGACACGCAGGGUACCCCAGCGAGGAGUAUGAAGUCCUGACUCAUGACGGCUACUAUCUCAGCCUGAACAGAAUUCCUCAUGGGAUAGAAAAUCCUGGGAACGUAGGGGCGAAGCCAGUUGUGUUUCUCCAACAUGGGUUAUUGGCAGAAGGCAGUAACUGGGUGGAAAAUCUCGCUAACAACAGCCUUGGCUUCAUACUAGCAGACGCUGGCUAUGACGUCUGGGUGGGCAACAACCGAGGGACAAGCUGGUCCCGGAGACACCAGUACCUUACAGAUAACCAGGUCAAAUUCUGGAAUUUCAGCUUUCAUGAAAUGGCAAUGUACGACCUCCCAGCCAUGAUUGACUUCGUUCUAGAGAAGACGGGGCAGCAGCAGAUCUAUUACGUCGGCCACUCCCAGGGCUGCUCAAUUGCAUUGAUUGCAUUUUCAUCCAUGCCAGAACUGGCUCAGAGAGUGAAAAUGUUUUUCGCGCUGGCUCCAGCCGUGACAUUCAAGUAUGCCAAAAGUCCUCUUGUGAAAAUCGCCCUCUUUCUGCACGGGCAGCCCCAGGUGAUUCAGCUUUUCCUUGGCAAAACGGACGCCACGCUGCGGAUAAGGAAGCUGUCGAAGUACCUCCCCAGGCUGUGCAGAUACCCACUGAUGUACAAACCCUGUGGCAGACUUUUCUCCCUGCUGGGCGGCAACAAUGAAAAGAACCUCAACGUGACACGGCUGGACGUGUACACAUCUCACUAUCCAGAUGGGACAUCUGUCAAAACUGUGUUACACUGGGCCCAGGUGCUGAAAUCAGAGGAAUUCAAAGCCUUUGACUAUGGUAGAAAAAACCCAGCUGUGUACCACCAGGAGAAGCCGCCUUUCUACCAGGUGGAGAAGAUGCCUGUGGCCACCGCGGUGUGGUCAGGGGGCGCGGACAUUGUGGCUGACUGGAGGGAUGUCCGCCGGCUGCUGCCCCGCAUCCCUCAUCUUGUCUCCUAUGGCCACAUCCCCACAUAUAGCCACUGGGACUUCAUCUGGGGUUUGGAUGCUCCCAAGAACCUCUACAGCAGCAUCCUGGACCUGAUGGACAGGUUCCAGUAGAGACGCGGAUGGCCUGGCCCCUCUCACUCAGCUGGGACAACCUGAGGGACGUGUCCUGCUGUCCCCCUCCUCCUGCUGGCCAGACACACUCAUGGUGAUGGUUCUUCUCCUGCAUCCCUGGAUCACCAGGGUUUGUCCCUGACUCUCCUUGAAACUGCUGAAGAGAGCUAUUGCUUUGCUGAUUUGCAGGGCAGAGGGGAGUGAGAUGAAGGUCUGGUGGCCACUCCACACCAGCGGCCACAUCAAAGCCCAUGUGUGCAGCAAGGGUGUGUGGGGGAGAGCAAGCUGGCCAUUAUGUCUCAGCCACUCUUUGCCUAUCGGGGGGACCGAACUGGCCCCUGGCCACCCCCUCCUGCGUAUCAACGCAAGUAUGAAGGGUUACACCAUGGCCACAGAACAAAGCAUCAGAGGUGAUCCUCAAAGCAGAAAUAGUAAUAAGAUUUGUGAAUACAAAUCAAUAUGUGUUGUACUUGGAUGAUUUAGGGAUGUGAAAACGGUGGGUUUUGUUUGUUAAGACAUGGCUUGAUGUAUCACCCUGGAGUUUUUAGCUGGGCCGAACGAUACCCCAGACAUUCUCAUUCCAGAAUGGACUCUAAGAGGAUGAGAGGAGCGCAUCAUAAUCAGAGCUCCCUCUCAGCUGGUCUGAGACCCCUACCAGUGUCAACAUAACAUCACGGAUCCGAUCCCUAUGAAUACCAGAGCGCCUGCAAAAACUUCACCUGCAGCAACUUCAUGGGAACAUCUAAAAAGACUUCAUCACUGAACCCAGACAGGUGGUACAGUCCCUCACAAAUCCUUAUAGGAAAUUAAUAUUGGUCUGGGCUUAAACUUAUACCCUUGACUUAGAAUGUUAACGUUAUAGGCAAUAAGCUAACUGCAGUUAGUUUAGUCAGCGCAGUUCUGAGUCCUACUCUGUCCAUGUUGGGGUGUGACAAUGGUGCAAGAGAUGCAGCAUGAUGCAGCACGUGGGGCUUCCCACUUAGAUUCCCACCCAUUCAGUUGGUCUAUGGACGCAUGUUGAAGUGAAGAACGUGGUGAGACUUCUCAACCACUCGGGGUAAAUAAAAUGGCCAGAUCUGCAGGAGAAACCAAAAAUAAGAGAGAUUGCAGCCAUUCCAAAAGGGACACACUGGAAGAUUUUGUCACUGAACCUCGAACAGGUUGUACAGUCCCUCACAAACCCUUAUAGAAAUUAAUAUUGGUCUGGGCUUAAGCUUACACCCUUGACUUAGAAUUGUAACAUUAUAGGUAAUAAACUAACUGAUUAAGUGCAGUUCUGAGUCCUACUCUGUCUCCGUCGUGGUGCGACAGUCCUCUCUCACGGGCUUGGGGCACUGUGUGGGAAGGGCAUCCCCAGGGACGGCAGUGGUGGAGCCGCAUCUCAGGCUGUGCCAAGGGGAUGAGGGGACUGAUGCCAUGAAAAGCCAGACUCAGUAAUCAAUGCCAAUUUGAUUAUUAGGUAAGGUAUUCUUCAAUGCGAUGCCGGGCAUGCAGGGGAUCGCUCCAUAUAACGUGUGUCACGUCCAGUGCUGUUCACCAAGGCGAUAAACAGUCAAAGCACACAUACCCACCACUUUUCCUAGAACAGUUGUAUCUAUUAAAAUCAGUUCCCAGAAUUUAUUUACAUGAGCUUCCUCCCCUUGGUGCACACGCCCUGCCCUCUGGGGGUCUUCUUCAGGCGUCUGUGGAUGAAGGCUUUAGAUCCUUCUCACAGCUGAACUUUCCAGCUCUCUUCAUUGCACAUGCUCUUGGACUUCUUGGGCUCCUCUUCAAAGUUGCAUCUGGUCCUAGCUGGUUAUUUCUCCUGUUAUCAUUGCGCUAGUCCCUGUUAUCGGGCUUAAUUAGAUACAGUCACAUUCUUUCCCAUUCUUUAUAACCGCAGCCUUGCUAAAAGUCCUUAGUUAAGCACAAGCAUCCAGGCACAGUCCAGAUAAAAGUUACUAUUUAAAAGUGGGGGGUUGGAACUGGAUGAUCUUUAAGGUCCCUUCCAACCCAAACUAUUCUAUGAUUCUGUCAGAGGAGAUCUUACAGAGACCUUCGAGUACCUGAAGGGGGAAAGCUGGAGAGGGGCUGUUCACAAAGGCUUGUGGUGACAGGAUGAGGGGGAACAGGUACAAACUGGAGAGGGGCAGAUUUAGACUGGACAUUAGGAAGAAUUUCUUCACAAUGAGGGUGGUGAGGCCCUGGCACAGGUUUCCCAGGAAAGGUGUGGCUGCCCCAUCCCUGGAGGUGUUCAAGGCCAGGUUGGAUGGGCCUUGGGUACCUGAGCCAGUGGGAGGUUGGAACUGGAUGAUCUUCAAGGUCCCUUCCAACCCCAACUAUUCUAUGAUUCCACUAUUCAAGCUAACCCUACAUUUUAAUCCCAAAAUCUAUACAUAAUACUCAAAUACAUAAUAGGUUAGCAACUUGUUACAAACAAUUUCUUCCUUCACCCUCUCAGUCACUCAGCUGGGACAACCUGAGGGAUGCGUCCCUGAACACACUCUCGUCGAUGGUUCUCCUUGCGCACCCCUCAGUGCCAGGUUUGCCCCUCUUGGGGCGGGGGCUCCGUGCAGCAGGGUAGCCCUGGGGCGCUG